GUCGGGUCCGGCCGGGCCGGCGCGGGAGGAGCGGAGCAGCGGGGGCUGAGCGCGGCCGCCGCCAUGCCCGGCAUCGACAAACUGCCCAUCGAGGAGACGCUGGAGGACAGCCCGCAGACCCGCUCUUUGCUGGGAGUAUUUGAAGAAGAUGCUGCUGCAAUAUCCAAUUACAUCAAUCAGUUGUUUCAAGCCAUGCACAGAAUAUAUGAUGCUCAGAAUGAAUUAAGUGCAGCAACUCAUCUGACUUCAAAGCUUCUGAAGGAAUAUGAGAAACAGCGUUUUCCGCUCGGGGGAGAUGAUGAAGUCAUGACUUCCACUCUGCAGCAAUUUGCAAAAGUUAUUGAUGAGCUCAGCUCCUGCCAUGCAGUACUUUCAACUCAGCUUGCAGAUGCAAUGAUGUUUCCUAUUACCCAGUUUAAAGAAAGGGAUCUAAAAGAGAUAUUAACUCUAAAAGAAGUUUUCCAAAUUGCAAGCAAUGACCAUGAUGCUGCCAUUACCAGAUACAGUCGGUUGUCAAAAAGAAAGGAAAAUGAAAAGAUCAAGGCCGAAGUUACAGAAGAUGUGUAUACGUCAAGGAAAAAACAGCAUCAGACUAUGAUGCAUUAUUUCUGUGCUUUAAAUACUCUCCAGUACAAAAAGAAAAUUUCUCUGCUAGAACCUUUGCUAGGAUACAUGCAGGCUCAGAUAAGUUUUUUUAAAAUGGGUUCAGAAAAUCUUACGGAGCAACUGGAAGAAUUUUUGACCAAUAUUGGCACAAGUGUACAGAAUGUUCGCAGGGAAAUGGAUUGUGAAGUAGAAAACAUGCAACAAACUAUAGAGGACUUGGAAGUAGCCAGUGACCCACUGUAUUUGCCUGAUCCUGAUCCUACAAAAUUUCCUGCUCAUAGGAAUCUAACACGGAAAGCUGGCUAUCUCAAUGCAAGAAAUAAGACAGGGCUGGUGUCUUCCAGUUGGGAGAGACAGUUUUACUUCACUCAAGGUGGAAAUCUGAUGAGCCAGGCAAGAGGUGAUGUGGCUGGGGGACUUGUCAUGGACAUAGACAAUUGCUCUGUGAUGGCUGUGGACUGUGAGGACAGACGAUACUGUUUCCAGAUAACAUCUUUUGAUGGCAAGAAGUCUUCAAUCUUACAGGCAGAAAGUAAAAAAGAUUAUGAAGAGUGGAUAUGCACCAUAAACAACAUAUCUAAGCAGAUAUAUCUAAGUGAAAACCCUGAGGAAAUUGCUGCCCGUGUGAACCAGUCAGCUCUGGAGGCUGUCACUCCUUCUCCUUCCUUUCAGCAGAGGCACGAGAGCAUGAGGCCAGCUGUACAAUCUCGUCCUCCUGCAGCUCGUACCAGCAGCACAGGGUCACUGGGAUCUGACUCAACAGCUCUCUCAGCACUUUCCUUGGAUUCCCUUGUUGCCCCUGACACUCCCAUCCAAUUUGACAUAAUAUCUCCAGUCAGUGAAGAUCUGCCUGGCCAAGCAAAAUCAUCUGGGCAAUCAGGCAGACGCACAAAUCCUUUUGGUGAAUCUGGAGGCUCAAAACCUGAAACAGAAGAUUCAAUUCUUCAUCAGUUAUUUAUUGUAAGAUUUCUUGGCUCUAUGGAAGUGAAGUCAGAUGAAAGCCCAGAUGUUGUUUAUGAAACAAUGCGUCAAAUACUCGCAGCUCGUGCCAUCCAUAACGUUUUCAGGAUGACAGAAUCACACUUGUUAGUCACUUGUGACUGUUUAAAGUUAAUUGAUCCACAGACACAAGUUACAAGACUACGAUUUCCUUUGCCCAAUGUAGUGCUGUAUGCUACACACCAGGAGAACAAACGCCUGUUUGGAUUUGUGCUUAGAACCUCAGGAGGGAGAGUGGAGAGCCACCAGACUUCCAUCUGUUAUAUAUUUGAAUCAAAUAAUGAAGGGGAAAAGAUUUGUGACUCUGUUGGACUGGCCAAACAGAUAGCUUUUCAUGCAGAACUGGAUCGAAAAGCCUCAGAAAAGCAGAAAGAAAUAGAUAGAGUCAAAGAGAAACAUCAAAAAGAACUGAAUAAACAAAAACAAAUUGAGAAGGACUUGGAGGAGCAGAGCCGGUUGAUAGCAGCUUCCAGCAGAUCCAACCAGAGCAGCACAGAAGGACAGUUUGUAGUCCUUAGCAGCAGCCAGUCAGAAGACAGUGAUUUAGGAGAAGAUGGGAAGAAGAAGAAAGAAUCUGAAGCCUAACGUUGCCUGCUUCAUUAAAAUUGGAAUCAUCAAUAUAUCUGGUGAAACGGCACAAGUUCUACAAGAGGUGCAAUGUAGGUGGAGGGUCUGUCCUGUUGUAGAAGACUUCACAAUAUAUAGACCCUAUUAUGCCUUGAUUUUUCUUUCUCAGUUAAGUGAUUUCCAUUUCCUGUCAGUAUAAUUUCUCUUGUAUGCCAGAUGAAGCAUGGUGAUGCUGCCAUGUUUAUUACAAACAUAUGUUUUCUCAAGGCUUCUCUGCAGUAUGGAAACAAAUGGAGGGUUUUUCCCCACUUACCUCUGUGCAAUUGACUGCUUUGGAAGCAAAACUGAAAACUCAUUGGUCUUCUGCAGUACCACUGAAAUUUGUUCUUUGCACUGCAGUAUGGAGAACACCUUGUUGGAAACAAAAGUGGAUGUCCAAAUAAGACAGUGCUAAGCUUCACCCAGUUUGUUGCACAUACCUGUUUAGAAAGAAGGAUCCCCAUUAACAUCACUGAGAUGUGCAAUAGUUCUAAACAAAAGGAUCUUUUUUGUUUCAUUUUGCACGGUAUGAUACUGUCCUGAUUUUUUUUUUUUUUUUGUGAAUACAACACCAAAAUAUUCUUUCAAUAGGAGAAAAAGAUACUGUCAGACCUAGAUAAGUGCUGAUGAUAUGCAACUGAACUUUGCUGCAUAAGGAAAAGCAUUCUUCAUCAAAUUUUAAGAGUAAUGUAUAUAGCCUUGUAGCAUAAGUGCCAUGUUCUUGGUUUUUGCCCAGUACUUGGAAUAAAAAGCUGUAAACCUUUGAGAUAAUUUUUAUAAAACAUGCUUAGAGUUGCAGGAACAUCUUGAAUUCCAUCAUAUGAAAAAUCUUCUGCAUAUGUAAAUGCCUUGCUGCUAGUACACUAGAUCUGCUGAAUACGAGUUGAGGCUCUUGAGUCUUUCUAUGAUUUUUUGAACAGAAUUUACCAGUUCUGAAGUAAGUCAUGAUGCUAAUCCUACAUCCUAGAGUCAAUUCUGGAAAACAUUUUUCAAAGUGGUGUCUGUUUACAGCUUGUAACCUGCACUCCGUAUUCCAUACCCUGUGUAAUAUUUAUUUUGUAUAGUAUUAGAUGUGCAUUCACCUUUUGAUCCAGAAGAGAAAUCUUGUUUGAAGAGAAAUAUUUAUUUUUGCACUAAUUACUAUAAAUAUUAAAAUCCAGAGGAACAGAAGAUAGCUCUCUAAUAGUGGCAUGAAAAUAAGAGGAUAGGUAGAGAGAAAAGAAUAUACUUGUAUUCCAAGUUAUAAUAUAACAGAGUGAUUUAUAGCUCAUUGCAGGGCAUUUCUGGUGUUCAGGAAUGGAAGCAAUUUUCAGAGUAUCUCCUUGGCAGCUGGUGGUGGCCCAGCCCUUCCUAGCAGGAGUUGCUCAGUGCUGGUAAAGUAAGUGAGGAAUCUCAGGUUGUGUCUUCUGGAUGGCUGUAGGUGCACAGGGGGCUCUUCUGACUCAUGGAGUGCCCUGCAUUGGCCAAAGCUGGCAGCCUCCUCCUGCCUUUGCGUUGGAGAUGUGACUUUGCGUGCAGGAGUUGGUGGCCUCAGUUUCCGUGACAGGAGAAGGGCAGCAGUGCCUGCCCUCAAAGCCCUGGGGAGGAGCAGAGGCUGCUGGAGCUGCAGCUCGGGGCAGAGGUUGCACCACAGCCUGGGCAGGGCUUGAGCAGCCACCAAAGGACUCUGCCUUGAAAAAGAAGUGGGUAAGGCUGAGGAACAGAGAGCUGCCAGGUUCUCUUCCUGAGUUAGUUACCAGAUCCUGUUCCAGUGUGUUUUUCAUCCCCAGAGUAGCCAGUCACUUGUAGAAAUACCUGCUUUUGCUGUUGCCCAGUUAGGUCACAUAGUAUUAACCUGUGGCUGGAUUUGGCUGGCACAGUGCCACAUGUACCACACCAACCUGAGGCUUCUUUUUAAAGACAGUGGCAUUUUUAUUUCAUAUCUAGGCUUCCAUUCUCAGCUCCCAUUUUUAAGAGACUAUUUUUAUUAUUGUCAACAAAAAUGUACAGAGAAGCACCAAAUCAGAUUUUUUCCCUUUUUGUGCUUAAAUCAAGGCUUACAGAGAGUGGCAAGGCAGUUUGUCUCUGCAAAUUACUCCAGUUCGUGUUUGUUUGUUUUUUUGUUUUUAUUUACUGGUACUUGUUUUCUAUCAAAUCAUAUCACAGGGUAGCUCAAGGUUACUGUGUCUUGUAUCUUUCUGAAGUCUAUUUACUGAGCAUGAAGCAGUUUGGAAACAGCACAGGGAGCCUCUGAAAUCAGUGAUCUCCAGUCUCUAGAAUCUAGUCCUCAGCUGUCAGAGAAGGACUGGUUGUGUUAAGCACUGGAGCUGCAGUAGCCCAGGCUCCAGAGAGAGGACAAAUAAUAGACAAGAACUCUCAUGAAAAAGCAUUUCUGAUGUGCAGCCUGUGUUGCAUGAACCUUAUUGAAGAAAUGUCAGAAAAUGGAAUUACUGUAUUUUUCUCAGACACUACCAUUACUCGUAUGGCUAUAAACCUAAAAAGGUUCAUAAAAACCUAUAAAGCAAAGAUGAGGAAGAAAGGCUAAUAAAAUAGACAGGUGAAUUUACUGUCAAAUGAGAGUUUUUUUAUUUAGCAAUAAAUACUGGAGUUAUUCCAUUUGCUUUUCAGACUUUCCAUAUAUGCCAUUAAAUGUAUCUUUACAUUAGGAAUUACAUUUCACUUACUUUGGCUGAUUCUCAUCUUAACUACUAAAAGAUUGACAUGCAUCAAUGAAAUGUAGGGGUUUUUUGUUUGCUUAUUUAGGGGAAUUUCAUUGGUGUAAAAUGAACAAGCAUGUGGGAUGAUAAUGGAAGCUGCUGGAGCAAAGGGCAUGUCAGCAGAGCUGGGGAAGUCAGACAGGAAUGGUGAUUGAGUUAACAGGGGGGUGAGAAUUGCUGAGCUUUACCUAGGGAGGAUCACCUAGGUUGUAAUUAGAGCUAUUUCAAGGCAAAAACAGCUGCUGAGGUUUUAUCCAUGCCCUUCUUCCCAAAAGGAAAAGCUAUUUGGUAACUUUUUCCCAUAAGGUUUAGAACUACUUCAUUAGAAAACAGGUUUGUUGAAAAAGAAGUUGGAAUGAUGCUUGGUGUUUUCCUUGAGAGUAUGUAAGUUUUAAUGGGAACACCUCACGGUCUGCUGGAACUGCUGUGGUAGGAUUUCACCACCAGAGUAUUUUUUUAUUGUAACUAAAAUACUGGAUGGUUUUCCUUUCCUAAUUUACAGGAGAUAAAAUAAACUCUCUUGUUUAUUAUUUCCUAUUGCCUUCUAUUCACAAACUGAUCUUUCAGCCACUUUUGGCUGAAACUGUAGCUUGCUUCAUAUGCAUUUACUAUUACUUCUGUCAUUCCUGAAAAUAUUCUUUCAAGUCCAUGAUUUUGAAGUGCUUUCAUGUAGGUACUGAAUUGGCAGCAUUGUUCAGGACUAACUUGUUAUGUUGCUGAUUGCAGCCUCAAAAUUACUGCCAAACUUUUAUCUCUUAAGUAAGAGGAUAUGAAACUUGUUACACUGUGUAGAUCUGCACACUGCAGACCAAGCCAGCCUUGCUGUCAGCUGUUUCAAGCUACAUGCAUUCUUUAUGUAUGUAAUGGCAUGAGUACACAAAUAGAUCAGGUGUGCUUAUGGGUGUGCAUUUUACUGCAUUACAGAUGACAGCUGGCACUCCUCUGUGGUCACUGCUAGAUUUUAGCCAACUCUGAACUAGAGGACAAGGUCAAAGUCAUGUACUACUUAAACAUACCCAACUGGCUAUGAUCGGGUGGUGAAAAGUCAGUUGCUUGUCAUAGUCUUACUUCCUUAAUUUGUUUGAGUUUGAAAUUGUAUCAGGACAAUUUACUGUCUAACAGUAAAGUAAUAUUUCAGCAUUAAGAAACAUUCCCCUUCUAGGGGGCUAAUAGAUUUCCUCUUUAUAUGGAUGUAAGCCCAGAGCUGAAAACUGUGAAACAGCUGAUGCAAUUUAUGAAGCUGUAAUUGAUGUACAUGGAUAUAAAGAAAUGUGACUGUUUAAGGUAAAUUCUGUCUAUGCUUAAAACAGAGGUAAAUUUUGAUUAAUUAGGUAAAUUAAUUAAGGUAAAUUCAGAAUUAAGGUAAAUUCUGAUUAAUUAAUUGCACAGCAUUUGGGACAAGCCAAUGGUGAAAACUAUGCUACAAUAUAGUCUCUUAUUAUUUAGGAAAUAGUUCACCUAGAGAAAGAAAACUGCCACUGCUUAGUGAAUUUAAUAGAGAUAUUGUCUAGUGUAACAGCAAAAGCUGAUACUUUAUAUUCUUUCUCUUGCUCUAUAUUACAAAAAUUCUUGCAAAGUAAUUAGUCCCCAAGGCUUUUGUUUUAAGUAAGCACUAAGUUGACAUUUGUUUCCCUGCCACAGUGGUAUCUAAGUUGUCAUGACAAGAGUAAGUCAGUGUAUCAUUGUGAAUGCACUUGUACUCCUAAUGAAGUUUAUAUUGCAAGCUGAGGAUUUUGUACAAUCUUUCUGGUCAUUUUUAUAAUACAGUGGAGUGGUCAAAUUUUUAUGAUGGUGUUCUGGAUUGGUCCUGUUCUGGUGAAGUGUAAGUGAUUUUUGCAGUGUUUGAGACAGACUUGCACAUUAUCUCUGAAUAGCUGUAAUAAGAACAACCAGUGGCAUAUUUAUGUCAACUCUGAUUGUUGUGUCUUAAUCUUGGAAACAUGGAUAGUAACCCUAUUGUGCAGGGCUCCAGUCAGCAUUUUGUAUUUUAAAUAAAAGCUUAGCUAUAGUAACUUUCAGGGGGGCACUUGUACUGAUGCAAAAGCUUCCUGCAUUCUUCAUCAUACUGACUUUCAGACAGUACCAUUAUUGGUGACAGGAUGUGUUCCCUUCCAUUUCUGACAUGCAGGCAAUAGCCCUCCAUUGUGAAGUAUAGCUCAGUUCUCUUAACUUUUAUAGUAUUAGCCAGAUAACCUCAGAGGAAGUUGUUAACACUUGGGAAUGCUCUUAACUUAUUUUUGCAACAAUCAGAGACUGAAGGUGAGCAGGAGUUGUGGCAGCUGGCUGGGCAGGGCCUGUGGUGGUACAGUGACAGGGCCGUGAGGGCUCUGCAGAACAAGCUGAGUGCAGAGGCUGUACCAGCACAACCACUACCAUGGGCACUGAACAUAUCGUCACAGGCCGAGUUAGUUUAUUAUGGGAUAAACACCACGUAAAAAAACCAUGGGCCAUAACCACAUUAUGGUUAAAUUUGUAUUUUAUAAGGUUUGUAGAUUUUUCUGGGGAAAAGCAGACUUUUGAAUUCUGUAACUUCUGUGAUAAAGAUGCAUGUAUAACUAGAAAAAAACAGCUAUGCUUACUUGAUUAUGAAGGAAUA